AUGGCUUCCGAAAAUGUGCCGCAGCAAGAUGCUGAGCCACCCUCUGCGCCCACACCUCCCAAGAAACUACAGGGACGGCAGUUUUACGAGAGCAUAGGAAGCCCGAAGUACAUUGUGGCCCCUAUGGUCGAUCGAUCGGAGUUUGCAUGGCGCAUGCUUACUCGAUCCUUCAUGCCCACGGAUGAACCGAGGUCACUUCUGGCUUAUUCCCCCAUGUUUCACGCCCGUAUCUUUGGCGAGCACCCACGUAACCGUAUGCAGUAUUUUCAACCAACGCGCGAGUCGAAUGGUGAUACGAAUGGUGAUAUUAAGCGAAAGGAUGAGCUCUUCCUUGACGGAAACCCAAAGAUUGAUCGACCACUCUUCGUCCAAUUCUGCGCAAAUGAUCCCACUGAAUUCUUGGAGGCCGCACGUCAUGUUGCACCGUACUGCGAUGCUGUUGAUUUGAACUUGGGCUGUCCGCAAGGGAUCGCAAAGAGAGGAAACUAUGGUGCAUUUUUGCAGGAGGAUUGGGACUUGAUCUACAAACUCAUCAACCGUCUUCACACUGAACUCUCCGUGCCGAUUACAGCAAAAUUUCGCAUUCAAGAGAGCAAAGAGAAGACGUUAGAAUAUGCGAAGAUGAUUCUCUCUGCUGGCGCAAACAUUAUUACGGUGCACGGCCGCAGACGUGAACAGAAAGGCCAUGAAACGGGCUUGGCGGACUGGAGUUACAUUCGCUACCUACGAGACAACCUGCCGCCAGAGACUGUUAUUUUUGCCAAUGGCAAUAUUCUCAAUUAUGACGAUAUUGAACGUUGUCUCGAAGCAACUGGUGCUGAUGGAGUGAUGAGUGCAGAAGGAAAUCUCUCUGACCCAACAAUAUUCAGCAAGCCGCCUCCUCCGGGAAGUGAAGGACGCGAGUUCUGGCGUGGGCGAGAUGGGAAAGGUGGCUACCGAAUCGAUGCAAUUCUCCGGCGGUAUCUCGAUAUUAUCUAUAAACAUGUUCUUGAACAGCCAGUUCCAGAAAGGAGGCCACUCUUCUUGCCUUCCGAUUCCGUGAGCGAGGCUGAGGAGACCGAGACUGCCGAACAGGAGGAUGGCAGCGAAGAUGGUCCACCUAAGAAGAAGCAGAAGCGGGAGAGAGUCAAGCGGUCACUGUCGCCUAGCCUUGGUGCAAUGCAAGGACAUCUCUUCCAAGUUCUUCGGCCGAUGAUUUCCAGCCACACAGACGUUCGCGAUGCGCUUGCACGGUCGCGUCCGGGUGAUAUGCCAGCCUUUGAGCAUGUUUUGACCUUGGUUGAGCGAGCUGUAAAAUCUGGUCUCAAGGAAUACGAAACCUCUCCGGAAAAGUUUGAGAAGCAACCUGAUGCAACUUUGACCGGAUCUAAGGCUACAAUUGCCGAGUAUGGACGGCCCUGGUGGAUUUGCCAACCACAUGUCCGCCCCUUGCCCGAGGAGGCGCUAGAAAAUGGCGCACUGACUGCCAAAGGUCAGAAAAGCAUCUCCAAACAGAAUAAAGAGAAGCAAGAGGAAACGAUAUUGAAGAAUAUCGACACUUCGGGUGCCAAAGGGUCCGAUACGCCUGUUAAUGGUUUCGAGAAUGGCGCUUCGGAAACUCUGACGCCUGAUAAUCUUGUAAGCGGAUAA